UGGGAAGGGAAAUCUAGCAUACCUUUCGAUACAGUUCUUGAGCUGCAAUCUUGAUUGCCUACGAUAUUCAAAUUCGUAUCUAGUCAGUCGUGAAACAGUCCAUGAAACGGUACCUUAUUCGUUUGUUUCCGUUUCGAAAAUGAGCUGGAUACCGCCGGAUUUGUCGCAAGCAUGCGCAGUUUACACGAACGUCACGACAUGUGCGCCAUCUACGUUUCUGUUUCUGCAACUAGUGACAAACCUGUUUGGGCAAUCUCUCGAUGGCCAUUCGGACUUUCCCAAUUUUUUUGACCACGAACUGAACGGAGGCUUCUCGAACUCCUUUUUCACGGGGGAGAAGAGCCAUGAAGCAGGAGAGGAGUACGAUUUUAUUGUUAUUGGUGCCGGAAGUGCGGGGUGUGUGGUGGCCAACAGGUUGUCGGAGAUUCAUGGAUGGAAAGUGUUAUUGCUGGAAGCUGGAGAUGAAGAACCAAUCGUUGCAGAUGUUCCUGCGUUUGCACCUAUGCUCCAAGCAUCCAGUAUCGACUGGGGAUACUCUACCCAACCAUCUCAUAAAAGCUGCUUAGCCAGAGACGAUGGAAGGUGCACUUGGGCAAGAGGCAAGGUUAUGGGCGGAUCAUCAACCAUCAACUACAUGAUCUACAUAAGAGGCCACCCCAAAGACUACGAUGAAUGGGAAGAAAUGGGUAACCACGGAUGGUCUUUUGCAGAUGUUCUUCCCUACUUCAUAAAAUCCGAAGACAACAGAAACCCUGAGAAAAUUGAGCAAUACUAUCAUGGAGUAGGAGGCUAUCAAACAGUAGAGAUCUUUCCCUAUCAAGACAUCAACACUAUCGCUCUCCUCGAUGCUUACUUGGAGUUGGGUUUGGACAAACUUGACCAAAAUUCGGACAAGCUAAUCGGCACCAGCCUUCUUCAACACACUGCCAGAGAUGGAAAAAGAUUGAGCACCAAUGUGGCUUUCAUACGACCAAUACGAUACAAGAGGAAUAACUUAGUAGUACGUACGAAUUCGCAUGUCACAAGAAUUCUUAUCGAUGAAAAAAAUAAAGCUGCGUAUGGGGUCGAAUACCUUCGACAUGGUAAAAUGGUGAAAGUUCUAGCGAAGAAAGAAGUUAUUGUCUCAGCUGGAAGUAUAAAUUCUCCUGUGAUAUUAAUGUUAAGUGGUAUAGGACCCGCUGAUCAUCUUCAACAGCAUGGUAUAAAGGUAUUGAAGGAUUCAGCAGUUGGUUUCAAUCUCCAGGAUCAUACAACCAUAGAUGGGGUGGUAAUGCAACUCACCAAUUAUACAGCGACUACAGUUAGCGACGAGAAUCGUGAACAAGACACUUACAAGUGGAAACAAACCCACAAGGGUCCAUUAGCUUCCACAGGUCCCUUGCAAACUAAUGCAUUCGUCCAAACUAAGUAUGAGAAGAGCUAUGAUAGGCCUGACAUCCAGUACUCUUGGGACGCUAUCAAUGUUGCCAACUUUUAUACUGAUCCGAUAUUAACUUAUAAUACUGCUGUUCUACCACUUUCUUAUUAUGAUGGGAUGAUGAUCAGGCCCAUUUUGCUGAAUCCUGAAUCUAGAGGUAGAGUUCUCCUGAAUGACACUGAUCCGGUCUUUGGUGAACCUCUCAUUUAUGCAAACACUUUCACAGAAGAAAUUGAUCUUCUCAGAAUGGUGGACGGUAUCAAACAGAGCUUGAAUAUGGAGAGGACCAAGACAUUCCAGCAUUUGGGAAUAAGACUCAAUCAAACCCCAUUGCCCGCAUGUCAGCAUCUCCACUUUGGUAGUGAUGAAUACUGGGCUUGUAUAUGCAUGGCGUAUACUACAACAAUAUUCCACCCUGUAGGCACUUGUAAGAUGGGCCCAAAGCAUGAUCGUGCAGCAGUGGUUGACCCGGAAUUGAAGGUGUAUGGCAUUCAUAAUCUGAGGGUGAUAGAUUCAUCUAUAUUUCCUAAGAUAAUGAGAGGCAAUACCAAUGCUCCCACUAUCAUGGUCGCGGAAAAAGGAAGUGAUUUUAUCAAAGAAACGUGGAUGCAUAAGAAAAAUGGUGAAGACACUGAGAGUGGGAACUUUUUUAGUAGUUUCAAUGUUAAUGAUGACUUUUUCAACAAGUUCAAAUAAACACUGCUAGGUAGUACGUGAAUGUUGAAUAUUAUAUGUUUUUGUUACCAUCAAACUCUUCUCUGUUGAAAGAGAUUUACGUUUGAAAUAAAUAUCAGGUAUAUAUAUAGAGAGAGCCUCAAUUAUAAUUGAAAAACAAAACACAUCAAUAAAAAAUGGUUUUG